AUGGAUGACCGAAAUGGCUACCGCGCACCCGUGGACCCGUUGCAUCUCCCGCUCAAGGGUGAGUUGAACGGCGUCGCGUGUGCGUUGGACGACACCGUUUUGGACUUGGGCGACAGGGGGUGGGCGGAAGAGGAUGGCCGGGAAAAUGGGGCUUAUGCGGGCUCGUCGCAGUCAUCAACAGAUGCGCCCUUGCAGGAGCGGCAGCGUCGCAACAGACUGCUGCUGGAGGACAUUCUCAGCGACUCCUCGCUUGCGACACGGUCACGCGAGCCGAGCGUGUCCAGGUGCUGCGCUCCCUCCUCAGAGAUGUCACGGGAGCCUAGGGGUGGCCGAAACUGCGGCAGCUACGUCGUUGAGCCCAGAAUGAUCAAGUUAACUGCCGUGGAUGCGCUACUGAUGCGUGCUGCGCAAGAGGCCUCAGAGAAGGUGUCUAACGGGACCAAGAAACAGGCCUUGCCUCGGGGUUUGCCACAACAGCUAAGUGUUCCGUUUUCCCGCCGGUGUGCUUUUUGCCAAAAGUUCGAUUCAUUAUGUAGCAACUGUCAUCGCAAGUGGAAGGAGGUCCUCCUAAAGCGGCGACAGGCUGUGGCGCUUCAAAGUUAUUGUAAACUUCCAGAGGACAGGCGGUCUGCGUUGCUUUUUAUGACGGCCGCCUACGGUGUAGGGGAGUUCGCUGCGAUGCAACUGGACUUUGAUGCUGAGAAGUGCCUACACUGGCGUUCUUUCUUUUUCCCUUUAUCGAGUAGCACGGCGGAACAAUAUUACAAGUUUGUCAUGACAGGUGAGGUGUAUGCUUUGCAUGUGGCUUUUUCCUACGACCGUGUUGAUGUAGCUGAGGUCUUGCUUGGGCAUCCCCGAUGCCUGUUACUGAAGUCUGAAUACCGCAUUGACCCUGUUGAGCUCCUUCACCAGCCUCUUAAACCUGAGUGGGAAACGCUGCUGCAUGCUUCGGAUGUGUACCUGAAUCACCUCCUCGUUGAACGGGCCAAGCAACUGCGUCGUGCAGAAGACUGGGAUGGGGCGGAGGCUUUGUACACAGAACUGUUACAACGAAAGCCAGACAGUGAACACGCGCAUAGUGGAUGGGCAAAGAUGCGCUAUGAUCAAGGAUAUGUGACAGACUGCAUUCAUUUGUGUGAUUGCAUGAUUUCAGGUACUACUAUAGUGGAUUGGAAUGAGAUCCAUUUGGAGAGUAUUAAAGUAUUGCGUGAGGCAGCUGUACAGCGAUAUCACGAGUACUGCCAUGUGGUUGAGAGUGAGGGGGUUCUCAAGGCGUGUGGCUGCGUCAUCCUUGAUAGGGUACGUGUUCCCAUAAAAAAAUUACCCUUUUCUAUCCUAGUCGAUAGCAUAUUUGUAUUCUGUGAUGCUGUGACGCUGUGGAAUAUUUCAAAGUGCACGCGGAUGCCACUGGUGCGCACUGUGGCAGAAAAGCUUGCCAUUCUUCUGCCCACAUGGUGUCUCCAGACACUUUUGAUGAGUGAGCCCGGCUUUCAAGAACUGUCUGAGCAACUCCUCGGCAGUUUGCCUUCUGUUGUGGGCUCAUUGGUCAUCGCACCUGUGCGACCCUUAGGGAUCUCUGUUUUGGCUAUGGCGGGCUUCAACAUGUUUCUUGUCCGUGUGCAUGCCGCGGGGUUGUCGGCAAAAACGGUUAAAACGGGCCCCUCUGGACUAUCGCUUUUUGGCUUCAGACGCAAACACCCAAUGGAGGGGCGUCAGGCGUCUAACGGGGCCGCGGAAGUUGCAAUCAGUAAACAGUAUCGUAUUCAGCGCUCGAGAGUAGAGGAACCAUGGUGCGUGAAAGGGACCGGGGACUGGGCGGUCGACCAACGUUCAGUGGAGGUGCUGCAGACACAGUUGCUGCAGAUGCAGACUUCUUUUCCUUGA